CACGGAUAUAUAGGAAAGAUUGAAAACUGAAAAGAAUACAUCGAAGCUCUCUCACAGUCACCUCCAAUGGCCUCUACCUGCACAUACUCACUUAUUCUCUCUCUAAUCUUAUCCUUCUUUAUUCUUAACUCAGCUUCGUCUGAGGCAGAUAUCCUUUUAACCUUCAAGGCCUCCAUUGAAGACUCCAAGAAUGCUCUCUCUAGCUGGUCUAAUGCCUCAGCUACCCAUUAUUGCAACUGGACUGGUAUCUCCUGCGUCUCCACGCCUUCACUUUCUGUUACUUCUCUCAACCUUCAAAGCUUAAACCUUUCUGGUGAAAUCUCCUCUUCAAUCUGUGAGCUUCCCUAUCUUUCUCACCUCAAUCUUGCUAACAAUGUUUUUAACAAACCCAUUCCUCUUCAUCUCUCUGAAUGCAAUACUUUGGAGACUCUGAAUCUCAGUAAUAAUCUCAUUUGGGGUCCAAUCCCAUCUCAGAUUUCUCAGUUUGGUUCUUUGAAAGUGCUUGAUCUCAGCGGAAACCAUGUUGAAGGAAAGAUUCCAGAAAGCAUGGGCUCACUGCAGAACCUUGAAGUACUCAACUUGGGGAGCAACUUGCUUUCAGGUAGUCUACCUGCUGUUUUUGGUAACUUCACCGAGCUUGUUGUUCUUGAUUUGUCUAAAAAUGCAUACUUGGUUAGUGAGCUUCCCAGUGACUUCGGGAAGCUCGAGAAGCUCGAGCAACUUCUUUUGCAAAGCUCUAGUUUUUAUGGUGAAAUCCCGGACUCUUUUGUGGGUUUGCGAAGUUUGACCAUUUUGGACCUUUCCCAAAACAAUCUGACCGGCGAGGUUCCUCAGACACUAGGGUCAUCUCUUAAGAAACUGGUGUCUUUGGAUGUUUCACAGAAUAUGCUUUUGGGGCCAUUCCCAAAUGGCAUCUGUAAUGAAAAAGGCCUUAUAAACCUGAGCCUCCAUACAAACUUCUUCAGUGGUCCAAUACCCAACUCCAUUAGUGGAUGUAUAAAUCUUGAGAGGUUUCAGGUUCAGAACAAUGCGUUGUUUGGCGAUUUCCCAGACGGUUUAUGGUCAUUGCCCAAAAUCAAGCUCAUUCGAGCUGAAAACAAUAGAUUUUCUGGAGAAAUACCUGAUUCGGUAUCAAUGGCUGCCCAAUUGGAGCAAGUUCAACUAGAUAACAACAGUUUCACUAGUAGAAUUCCUCAGGGUCUUGGGAUGGUUAAGAGCUUAUACAGAUUCUCUGCAUCUCUUAAUGGUUUAUAUGGUGAACUUCCUCCUAAUUUUUGCGAUUCACCCGUUAUGAGUAUAAUAAAUCUCUCACACAAUUCGCUUUCGGGACAAAUUCCGGAGUUGAAGAAGUGCAGGAAGCUAGUUUCAUUGUCUUUUGCAGACAACAGCCUUACUGGAGAAAUUCCACCAUCCCUUGCAGAUUUACCAGUGCUAACUUACCUUGAUCUUUCUGGUAACAAUCUCAGCGGUCCCAUUCCCCAAGGGCUUCAAAACUUGAAGCUGGCCCUCUUCAAUGUAUCCUUCAAUCAACUAUCCGGUAGAGUCCCAUUCUCUUUGAUUUCAGGUCUCCCGGCUUCAUUUCUGGAAGGAAACCCUGAGCUUUGUGGCCCAGGAUUACCCAAUUCUUGUUCCGAUGACCAGCCAAGACACCAGACUGCUGGUCUUGCAACGUUGACAUAUGUUCUGAUAUCUAUAGCUUUUGGUCUUGGGACUCUGAUUGUGGCUGCUGGGUUUUUUUGGUAUCACAGAUAUUCCAAGCAGAGAUCUCAAACGGGAAGUUGGCGUAUGAUAUUCUUCUAUCCUCUUAGAGUCACCGAGCAUGAAUUAGUCAUGGGAAUGAAUGAAAAGGGUGCAGUAGGAAGUGGUGCAUUUGGUAGAGUAUACAUUUUAGGUUUACCGAGUGGUGAACUUGUUGCCAUAAAGAAGCUUGUUAAUUAUGGGAGCCAAUCAUUCAAAAGUUUGAAGGCAGAGAUUAAGACAUUAGCCAAGAUCAGACAUAAGAACAUCGUUAAAAUUCUUGGUUUUUGCCGUUCUGAUGAUUCGAUCCUUCUAAUUUACGAGUUCUUACAAAAAGGGAGUUGGGAUCUGAUUCACAGGCCAGGUUUUGUGUUGCAGUGGGAUGUGAGAUUAAGAAUUGCCAUAGGGGUUGCUCAGGGAUUAGCAUAUCUUCAGAAGGAUUAUGCCCCGCAUUUGCUUCACAGAAAUCUCAAGUCAAAUAAUAUCCUACUGGAUGCAGAUUUUGAGCCAAAACUCACUGAUUUCGCACUCAACAUAAUUGUGGGAGAAGCCGCAUUUCAGUCCACCAUGGCUUCUGAAACUGCAUCAUCGUGUUACAAUGCACCAGAAUGUGGGUACAGCAAGAAGGCAACUGAGCAAAUGGAUGUUUACAGCUUUGGUGUUGUAUUGUUAGAGCUUGUGAGUGGCCGAACAGCCGAGCAAGCAGAACCGGCAGAAUCUCUUGAUAUCGUGAAAUGGGUGCGAAGGAAAGUUAACAUUACCAAUGGGGCGCACCAAGUUCUUGACCCAAACAUAUCAGAGUCUUCCCAACAAGAGAUGCUUUCGGCUCUAGAAAUCGCUAUGGGCUGCACUUCUGUGAUGCCAGAGAAAAGGCCAUCCAUGUUUGAAGUUGUGAGAGCUCUUCAGUCCCUCGACUUAAGGACUUCCUUUCCUUCCAAUACUUCUGAAGGUCAUUCAAUUUCACUGUGAUGGAACCGAGGACUUAACCCCUUUUUUCAAGUCUUUAAUGUAAAGCCAACUUGAAUUUUCUCACUAUGACUUCUGAUUAGGAAAA